GCCUCUCUUAGCUCAUCAUCACAAAUCAAAUUCUUUCUCCUUUUUUAUUAGAUCAAAUCUCCUCCCUCUGCUUCACCCACCACCAUAAAAAAAAAACAUCUUCUUCUUGUUCCGUGCUCUUAAUCUCGAGAUCUCCUCCGUGUUUUUAAAAUAAACAAAUUCUCUUUUGUGUGAAUCGUUUGUGAAUGGUGGAACCUAAUCCGAACGGUGGUAAGUUUACGCUCUCCCUUUCAAUCAAAAGGGCGAGCUUUUUCCUUCCUCUGUCCGCAUCCUCUGUUUUCGCUUUCGGAUCUUGCAAAGAAGGCUGGUACUUUCGCUGCCUCGGUCUCGACCCGUGAACGAUAACGAUUCCUCCUUAGAUUUUCGUAACCCAGAUCCCUAAUCUCAACAAACAAAAAAAAGGCUUCUUCUUUCUUUUUUUCUUGAUUCUGUUACUUUUCUGGGAUUUACUCUGUUUUUUUUAUUAUCUCUUUUUGAAAAAAAAAACGAAUUCGAAAGAUGUUGCUAUACAACAAGCAGAAGAAGAACCAAAACGCUAAAGGGAAUAGGAUUCUCAUUAGCGUUACGGUUUUGGGUAGUGCCGGUCCGAUCCGGUUUGUGGCUUAUGAGGAAGAUCUCGUUGCUUCUGUUAUUGAUACUGCUCUUAAGUGUUACGCUCGUGAAGGUCGUCUUCCACUUCUUGGAUCUGAUUUUAAUGACUUUCUUCUCUAUUGUCCUAUGGUUGGACCUGAAGCUUUAAGCACAUGGAAUGCAAUUGGAUCGCUUGGUGCGAGGAACUUUAUGUUGUGUAGGAAACCAGAGGAGAAGAAGGUUGAGGAAACUAAUGGAAGAGCUAACUCUACCAUUAAUGGAACAAGAAAAGGUGGUAGCUUGAAGGCUUGGCUCAACAAAUCCUUCAACCUCAAAGUCCCAAGUCAUUAAGAUUACUCUUGUUUCUCAACUAUGAAAACAAAAAACACCAAUCUUUGUUUUUAUCAUUAUGUUUCUUUUUUUUUUUGGUUUUUUGCUUUAUGAUUUUUGAAUCCAAACUUUUGUCAAAGUUUCGUCUCUUUCAUUCAUCGGAAAUAAAAGCGUUACAUUCUUA